CAGCAAGGUUCAUUACUGUGUAUAGGCAUAUUGCAGUAUGUGUGGAAUUUGUGGAACUUCAAUGAACAAUGUUCACAAAGCAGACAUAGAGACAUGGGGACAGGUGAAAUACACUGUGGGCCAGAUAAUGAAUACAACGCUCAUUCAACCCAACAACUUCAUUUUACCCCACAAACAACAGAACAACAAAACACGGAACCGAAACAGCAUAAACUUGUCAAAAUAAAAAUUAAUAAAUGUAUUGCUGUUUUGUUCUGUGUUGAUAUGAAGCAAGGUGCUAGUGUGAAGAUUCUAUUGACGCCUGACCGC